AUGGGAAAUGACCUUUACUAUGGCAUCGUGACGGGGCCAAGCGAGACUACCAAUGAAACAGUUCCGAGUUGGAAUACCCCUACUCCUAUCCCAAUUGAAGGCGAUGAUCUCUUCUAUAUGCGACACUAUGUCGAAUACAUUGGCCCUCUUCUCGACCUCUUCGACCCCGCUCGCCAUUUUACCAAUCUCGUGCCUCAUCUGGCUACUCGAAAUGUUGGUCUCCUCAAGUCAAUACUCGCAGUAUCUGCUAGGCAUAUCUCAUUAGACAUUGAAAAUCCACCGGAAUCUGAAGGGAGUUCUAUUUUAAGCAAUGAUCCGAACGAGUCCGAUCCAAAAUCAAUUCCCCUUUCGAGACCGGCUCGGGUCGCUAAGCAGUAUUACUAUGAAACAUUGCGAUAUCUAUCCCAGACUCUGUCUUACCAGUCGUACGCGGACUCACAUGAGAUCCUAGCGACAGCCAUCAUGAUCAGCACCUACGAGAUGUUUGAAUCUACAGGGCCUGCCAACAACAGCGACUGGGACCGUCACCUAAGGGGAGGGUUUUGGAUCCAGCGCUGCCAAGACAAUGACGGGGAGUCUACCGAUGGGCUCCGCCAGGCGGUCUGGUGGGCGUGGCUUCGCCAGGAUAUGUGGGCGGCUCUGAGGGCCGGGCGUCCUACUAUGACCAUUUGGUGUCCGAGGAGGAGUCUCCAACAGCUCACACCCGAUGAGUACGCAACACGGAUAGUCUACAUUGCCGCCAAAGUGGUUCAGUAUGCCGGGGUAGACCCCGAAUCGCCUCUGAUUGACAUCCAACAGCGAAUCGAACAGGGACACAAACUGAGGGAGGCCCUCCGGGCGUGGGACUCACUACUUCCAAGAUCGUUCCGCCCCAUUGUGUCACACAAGCCGUUUAAUAGCUACCAAAAUUCCGCGGCCAGCAGCGUUGCCAACAUGGCCACUAACAUGUCGACCAAAGAUUCGUCGUCCGGGCCAGCACAAGCAACCCAGUCCAUCACCUUCCCCCCAAUCUGGAUCCAUCCUCCUUCCCAUGCAGGGGCUGUACAGAUGUAUAAUUUAGCUCUCAUCAUUCUGCUGUUGCAUAUGCCCAACGCGGGUGGGCUAGAAGUAUAUAGAGCCCGCCAGAGACAGUUGGAUCAAAGCGUCAACACCAUAUGCGGCAUUGCCAGCCAAGAGACGACUGAUAUGCCGCUCGCUUUUGUAAAUAUACAGGCACUCUAUACCGUCGACGACAAGGCGAGCUGCGUUGGUGCAACUGCUCGAGAAGACGAUUGA